CGCCACACCCAUCGGUUUCCAUCACGCAACUCGUGUUUUCGGGCUCGAUUUAAUAAUUUUGAUUUGGCUGCAAUCCUAGAUUCUCAUAUCUGGGUUGGUUGAUCACGGAAAAUCGCCAUUAUGGCGGCCGCCGACGUUCGCGACAUGCUGGAUCUGCCAGCGGAGGGACAGCCCAGACCUCACAAGAAGCAGAAGGUCGUUGAGAAGAGGCCAGAGGGCAUCACACGCGAGCUUUUCGCCCUCCUAGGCGAACGAGCGCCACCGAUCACGAUCAACGAGAACAGAUACAAGGGACGUCCAAAAUGGAUCAGCAAGUCGAGAGUUCGGCCAUGGCAAAUGGUGCCUUUUACAAACAAUGCUCGGUCGGACGGCCUCGUGCUUAACCAUUGGCAGCGGCGGCCAGAACCAGUCAAUGCGCCCGCACCAGAGGGUUCGGAGAUGGAGACAGACGAGAAUAAAGACGAGGCGGCUCAGCCAACAGACCAGAAAGAAUAUGCGUUCGCAAAAUACAACAUCAAAGCUAAUGUGCCGCGACGAUAUACCUCGGAGGAAUACAACCGACACUUGAAGAGCGAUGACUGGACCAAGGAGGAAACGAAUUACUUGAUGGAUCUAGCGGAGGAAUACGACCUGCGAUGGGUAGUCAUUGCUGACCGGUACGACUAUCAACCGCAACCGUUGGACCCAGAAGCUAGCGCCAACGCCCUCGUGCCCGCCAAGCGGUACCGAACAAUGGAGCAGAUGAAAUCACGAUACUACUUCAUUGCGGCGUCGAUGCUUGCGCUAGAACAUCCGCCGUCCGAGAUGUCCGAGGCUGAGUUCGAGCUGCACGAGAAGAUGAUGAAGUUCGACCCUGAACGUGAGAGGGUCCGCAAAGAACUCGCGGCGUUGCAGCUGAAUCGUACGGCGGAUGAAGUCCGCGAGGAAGAGAUCCUGUUGGAAGAGCUCAAACGUAUCACCGCCAACGAACACAACUUCGUCACCGAGCGUCGCGAGCUUUACUCCCGACUCGAGGUGCCCAUCAGUGUCGGCAACACCACCAUGUAUCAGUCCAGCCAGGGCCUAUCCCAGCUCCUACAGACACUCCUCCAGGCAGACAAGAGCAAGAAACGGCGAUCUCUACUCGGCCCCGAAGGCGCCGUCCCCAGCCCUGCCGGCCAGACGCCCGCGCAGACUGUCCCCGGCAGCACGCGCGACAGCCGCGCCGACACCCCCAGCACAGGACCUGCGGUCCCGGGCACCAAGAAGGGCAGUGUGGCUGCGGCUGCGGCUGCCGCCGCCGCUGCCGCCGCCGCGGCCGCGACCAAGGAGGUACCGCAGACGACGCGCACCCUCACUCCGGCCGAAGAAGCCAAGUACGGCGUGCAACAUCACGACCGUCUCGCCCCAGGCGUGCAGUUCCGCAGUGACCGCGCCCAGAAGCUGACGCAGGCCAAGUCCAACGUUCAGUCGCAAAAACUAGCCGCCGCGCUCGCGGAGCUCGAGGUCCCGCCUCGGCUGGUCAUGCCGACGGAGCGCGUGUGCAAGAACUUUGAGAAACUUAUCCACUCCGUCAAUCUCCUGCUCGACGCCCGCAAGGUCUCCGAAAAGGUUGACAGCGAAAUCCGCGUCCUUGAGGCCGCCCGCGACGAACGCGAACGAAAGCUCCGUGAAGUAAAGGGCAAAGAUGGCAAACAGUCGGAAAGCAAGACCAAGGCAGACGCUCCGAAUGCAACGGCUUCUUCUUCUUCUUCCUCUUCCGCCACCAAGGACACCACUUUGCCCCGUCCGUCAUCGUCCUCUUCGGCUGCCGGCAAACCUCAACCCUCUGCUGCACCGGUCACUACCUCCAAUGAGGGUGCUACCCCUGCUGCCGCCACUUCUGGCGCAGAGGAAAUACCGGCAGAAGAGGAAGACAAGGCGCAGCCACAUAAACGCUCUGCCAGCGUUCUUAGUAACGCGAGUGAUAAGAGUUCGAAACGGCAGAGAAGAUAGAGAUGGAUGGAUGGAAAGAAAUAUCGUUCAUAGCGAGUAUUUUUUUUUCUUCUUCUGCCUGAUUGUAUGAAUAUUAUGACCGGAGAGCUUCUUCCCAUAGCCCGAUUUAAUAAAUACCUCCAUUACCAUUACCA